GUGUAAGCAUGAGAGGACGUCCGAGCCCGUGUCACGAUAUAAGCUUGCUCUUCCCCGGAUAGACGUGUCACUGUGUAGUAAAGAGAAGCAUUACUAGGUCUCUAUAUCGUUGUUGGAUCGGCCGGUAUUGACACAUUAUCGCAUUUCUUCGCCAGGAUGCUGCUCUCCCAUGCUUUGUCUCGACAUUGUAUCUCCGUGAUUGGCCUCUUGUUGGUGUAUCUCGUCGCGAUGGCCACAGCACACAAUGAAACGCAGACCUCUACCAAGGUCAGAGCGUGCAUCCCUCGCCCUUCGACGACCAGUGCAUCAUCAACUCCUACAUCCACACCAAACCCUCUUCCAAGAAACUUUGGCAUGAUCAUCAACCGGGCCUUUGAGAUGCUCGACGUCUUUGGCCCCCUCGACGCCCUCGGGCUGCUGGCCAAAAACCACCAAAUGAACUUGUAUCUCAUCUCUGAGGCAAUGGACCCCGUCAGCGUCGAGCCCGUUUCCGCUGCCAUGAAUGCAAAGAACUCGAGUUUCUUCCCCAAAAUCCUCCCAACACACACAUACGCGACAGCACCAAAGGACAUUGAAGUCCUCAUGGUCCCGGGCGGCCUCUGGACGCGCUCGCCCAACCUCAACGCCACAAUCGCCUACAUCAAGACGACCUACCCGAACCUGCGCUACCUCGUCUCCAUCUGCACCGGCGCCUCCGUCGUGGCCCGCGCCGGCGUGCUCGACGGCCGCCGCGCGACGACGAACAAGGCCUCGUGGGCGAGCACCGUCGUCCACGGGCCGCGGACCGAGUGGGUGGCGAAAGCGCGGUGGGUCGUCGACGGCAACGUGUGGACUUCGUCGGGGGUGUCUGCGGGCAUCGACGCGACGCUGGCUUUUAUCGAAGAGGUGUAUGGUGGUGAGGAGGCGGCGUCGAUUGCGGAUUUGAUGGAGUAUGAGAGGCAUACGGAUGCGAGCUGGGAUCCUUUCGCUGAGAAGUUUAAUGUUACGGAUUCGGCAUGAGAUUAAGAAUUGGAAAUUGGGUUUGUCCUUAUUCAUGAGGUGCGAGAAACUUUUGUGUGGGGAAGGGAAUUAUAACUAGAAAUGUAAUUAGACUCUGAUAAUGAGACUCUGUAAUUACCUACAACUUCUGAUGUGGACGGUGAGUCCAGCAAGUUAGGAAGGGACAUAGAAAGGGUCAAUCACUAAAGUAGAAACG